AUGGGUUCUGUGAUUUAUAUCGUGUUAAUUUUAUUGCUGAUGUUAAUCGAUUCGUUGCUAUGUUUUGCUCAUGAUAUAAACCAUGAGCAACUUCCUAUCGAUAAAUCGGCCCUCAGGGCUCAAGCAAAAGAGAUGUUUAUGCAUGGAUACAAUUCGUAUAUGAAGUAUGCAUAUCCACAUGAUGAAUUGAUGCCGUUAACUUGUCGAGGUCGUGCCAGAGGAAUCACUCCGAGCAGAGAAUGUGACAGUUUUUCGUUGACAUUGGUCGAUACGUUGGAUACAUUGGUGGUAGUUGGUGAACUGGAUGAGUUUGAGCGUGCAGUGCGACUGGUGGUUAAUAAUGUGCGCUUCGAUUCGAAUUUAGUUGUAUCCGUCUUUGAGACUAACAUUCGAAUGGUUGGCGGUUUAUUAUCAGCACAUUUUUUGGCGAAGUUGGUGCAAUCACAGGAUAAAGGUCGUUUAAUUUGGUAUUCAAAUCAGAUGUUAGAUAUGGCCGUAAGCCUUGCCGAUCGUCUUCUACCUGCGUUCAACACAACCAGCGGAUUACCUUAUUCAAGGAUAAAUCUACGAUAUGGAAUGUUGAGUUAUUUGCGCGAACAACGUGAUACGUGUACGGCGUGCGGUGGCACGAUGCUGCUGGAAUUCGCGACGUUGAGUCGUCUUACUGGCAAUAAGGUAUACGAGCAGAAGGCGCGAAAGGCGAUGGAUUUUCUUUGGUCACAAAGAAAUCGUGCUUCGAAUCUGAUGGGAACCGUGCUGAAUGUACAUUCCGGUGAUUGGGUCAGAAGAGAUGCGGGUAUCGGCGCAGGAAUUGAUUCCUAUUAUGAAUAUUGUUUGAAAACUUAUAUUUUGCUUGGUGACGAUGACUAUUUAUACCGUUUCAACAAGCAUUAUGAUGCGAUUAUGCGUUAUAUAAACAAGGGACCAAUGUUCAUCGAUGUACAUAUGCAUAAACCAACAGUUGCUUCGAGGUCAUUCAUGGAUGCUCUGCUAGCGUUUUGGCCUGCACUUCAAGUACUGAAAGGCGAUUUGAAAUCAGCGAUUGAGUUUCAUGAAACUCUUCAUCAAGUCAUUAAGAAACACAGAUUUUUGCCAGAGGCUUUUACUCAUGAUCUGCAAAUUCAUUGGGCGCAAUACCCGUUGAGACCCGAAUUCAUUGAAAGUACUUACAUGUUGUAUAGGGCCACCAAAGACCCACAUUAUCUUCGUGUUGCGAAAAAUGUGAUGGAUAGUUUAAAUGAGUUGGUGCGUGUGGAUUGUGGCUUUGCGGGUGUGAGAGACAUACGAACAAUGAGUCACGAGGACAGGAUGGAUUCAUAUGUUUUAGCUGAAACAUUUAAAUACCUUUACAUGAUAUUCUCUGAGCCGUCUGAUUUAAUCUUCGAUCCGGAUAAUUACGUCCUUACCACCGAAGCGCAUUUCUUACCGUUGUCUAUCGGUGAUAUUGAUGAUGAGGUGAGAAGUAUUGCUGUAAUGACAUUAUUACAUUUUACGUUUAUUUAUGCAUACAAUAUUGUGCUGCCUCGUCGUGUUUUAAUAGACCCAGACGAAUUGCUGCAAGAAAAAGAUAUGGCUGAUAAUGAAAGGAAGUACCGUUCGGCAUGUCCAAAUAUUGUUGAUUAUUCUUCGUCAGAACAGUUGACAAAUUAUGCGAAUGCGCUACGAUCUAAUAUACGUGCCAUUAUGUCACAGAUUGUAAAACAGAGUGAUGGCGCACAACAGUCUUCGAGCACUUGCCCACAACCAUCAGAACGCCUCAGAGCAUGGGCAUUCAGUUCGUCGAAUAGUGAACACGUUCGUCAACUGAAUCAAAUGGGUAUUCAAGUGCAGAUACAGGCUGACGGUCGUCUUCAUCUAUUGCACACCACCUCUGAGGCACUUUCCCCUCAAUGGGCUACUAUGGGUAUGGAGUUCAUGCAAGAGAUGAUGCAAAUGGUUUCGCAUUUCGAAAAAGAUGAAUUCGGUGCGAUUAGAAUUGAACGUGUCGUACAGAUUCUCUCGUAUCCAUCGUUUGGUUAUGUAAACUUCAUCGCUGCACCCGCUCAGUUUGGUUCAGAUCUUCACGAUAGACAGGUGGAUGGCGAAGUGCGUAUUGCAGUGCCAUCAAAAGGUUGUUCGACAAUAACCAAUUCACCAACGCUGAAGGGUCGUAUCGCAGUUGUUUACAGACAUGAAUGCAUGUUCCAAGAAAAGGCACGCUUCGUUCAAAAAGCUGGUGCCAUCGCGCUCAUCAUCGUUGAUAACGUAGCUGGAAGCAGUAUCGAAACAUCGCCGCCAUUCGCAAUGUCUGGCGAUACGAGUGUUGAGGAUGACAUAAACAUACCGGUUGUUUUCCUGUUCGAUAAGGAAGGUUCUUCGUUGAUUGAACAUGUGAAGAAAUAUCCUGGAUCAACAGUUCGUAUUUCGGAUCGCUUAACGAAUCCAUCGAUCAUUAUCGAGCAAUUCUUCAAGCAUCAUCACUUCGCCAGGAUUACUCCGCAUCCUUCCUCCGAGUAUAUUGAGGUUAGAAUUGAAUAG